GUUUCAGUGCCUUCUCCGAUUUCAUACCGAUCGCCCGAGACAGUUUCCGAUCGAGCAGAAUGGAUCUGAACAUGGACCUCAAUGCUCCUCACUCCAUGGGAACUACUAUCAUCGGAGUCACUUACAACGGCGGCGUAGUCCUCGGCGCCGAUUCCCGUACCAGCACCGGGAUGUAUGUUGCUAACCGGGCCUCAGACAAAAUUACACAGCUCACCGACAAUGUCUAUGUUUGCCGCUCUGGAUCCGCAGCAGAUUCUCAGGUUGUCUCUGAUUAUGUGCGAUAUUUUCUUCAUCAACAUACGAUACAGCUAGGGCAGCCUGCUACCGUCAAAGUUGCUGCAAAUCUUGUCAGGUCACUGUCCUACAACAACAAGGACAUGCUUCAAACUGGCUUAAUAGUUGGUGGUUGGGAUAAGUAUGAAGGUGGUAAAAUUUAUGGUAUUCCUCUUGGUGGAACAAUAAUUGAGCAACCUUUUACUAUUGGAGGAUCUGGCUCCAGUUACCUAUAUGGAUUCUUUGAUCAAGCAUGGAAGGAAGGAAUGACUAAGGAAGAAGCUGAGCAACUAGUGGUUAAGGCAGUUUCCCUUGCAAUUGCUCGAGAUGGUGCCAGUGGAGGUGUUGUCCGAACUGUCAUUAUCAACUCAGAGGGAGUAACAAGAAAUUUCUAUCCUGGCGACACACUUCCACUUUGGCACGAGGAAUUGGAGCCUCAGAAUUCAUUAUUAGACAUACUGAACACAUCAAGUCCUGAGCCUAUGAACAUGUAAUUCCAGAUAUCUUACCCUCAGCGGGUGGGAUACUCGGCUGCACUUUAGUUGAUUUCUGUGUAGACUGACUCAAAAAGGGGAAUUUUAUCUUUAUUUAAGUUAAAAUAUUGAUUUACUUUUAGUUUGAACAGUAAUUUGGAUGAUCUAAGUAUUGGCUGUGCCCAUUGUUUUAUGCAUGAUAAUAUGCUGUUUUCAAGCUAUGUUAUCAGUUAUUUUUUUCGUCUUUAGGUUGAUAAAAAUUAUAGCAUUUU